GAGAGCAAAUCGAGAUACAGUAGUAACCCAGAGUGAGGUGGCAGUCUUAGUCCACAUCGACACUGACUUGCCCCGCACACAUCCAAUCUGUCUCCAUAUCGCAGAAGCGCACUUAACGGAGCGAAACGAGGAGAAAGAGUCAAGAUGGCAUCUGGAAGUGGUCGCGGACAAUCCGGGAUCUAGAGUCUCGUCUGGGGGCUUUUUUUUUUAAAAAAAGAAAAAAUAUAUAUUUAUUUGGUGCCACGGAGCGCAAGUGCAAGGCGCUAAUAAGUGAGUCGCCCUCGGCCCCGUCAGGACUCCGCUGGUGUGGAAUAGCAACAAAGGACGGGAGCGCGCAUUCAUGGGACGCGACUUUGACAGAUCCUCGUUUCUCGUCUUGUAACUUUUAUUUACCUGGCAGCGGGGGCGAGAUUGUGACCGGAGCUGGAGAUCAUGGCCGAGGCUCCGCUCCCCGACCAUCUCCCAGACUUGGACGUGGCCAUCGACCCGGACUUCGAGCCCCAGAAGCGGCCCAGGUCUUGCACCUGGCCGCUGCCGCGACCGGACUCGAACGCGGUGAAACCGGAGAGCCAUGACACAGAUAUCAUACCCGAGGAGGAGGACGACGAGGAGGACAACGCCACCGCUUCGGCCAUCGGUGUCAAUGGCUCCGGCUUGGCGACGGAGGACCAGAGCAGCAACAGCCCCGCGGCCGACGGGGCGCUCUCCUCUCCCGGCCACGACAGCGGAGGCUCCCCGCUCUCCACGCACUCUCCGACGGCCACCUCCGGCGCGCUGACCCCCAGCAGCCUGGCCGCGCAGCAGACCCCGAGGAAGGCAUCGUCUCGCAGGAACGCCUGGGGGAACCUCUCCUACGCAGACCUGAUAACCAAAGCCAUCGAGAGCGCGCCGGACAAGAGACUGACACUGUCCCAAAUUUAUGACUGGAUGGUGAGAUCCAUCCCCUACUUUAAAGACAAAGGCGACAGUAACAGCUCUGCAGGAUGGAAGAACUCCAUCCGGCACAACCUUUCCCUCCACAGUCGCUUCAUCCGGGUCCAGAACGAGGGAACUGGGAAGAGUUCCUGGUGGAUGAUCAACCCAGAGGGAGGCAAGGGUGGAAAGGCUCCCCGCCGCCGUGCAGUCUCCAUGGACAACAGCAACAAGUACACCAAGUCCGCCCGUGGCCGUGCAGCCAAGAAGAAGGCCGCCCUGCAGGCUGCAGCUGCUGCAGCUGGCGAGGGAGGUGGAGACAGUCCUUCGGGUCUCUCCAAGUGGCCUGGAAGCCCGACUUCACGCAGCAGCGAGGAGCUGGACGCCUGGACAGACUUCCGCUCUCGCACGAAUUCCAACGCCAGCACACUGAGCGGCCGUCUCUCUCCCAUCCUAGCCAACCCUGAGCUAGAUGAGGUGCCCGAUGACGAGCCUCCUCUCUCGCCUAUGCUCUACUCCAGCCCUGGCAGAGCGCUGUCCCCUGGCAAUGCCACGACCAAUGGUAAGACAGUGCCACCCGAGUUGCCCCGCCUGGCAGACCUGGCAGGCACUAUGAACCUCAAUGAUGGACUCACAGAUGACCUGAUGGAUGAGUUGUUGGAUAACAUGAACCUGGUCCCAACCGUCACAGGACCGGCUGCUCCAAAUGGUUCCUCAGGGUUCAACUUUGGGUCCAAACCCAAUGGGCUAGGCUCACCUUCCUCCACCUCGUCUCCAUCCUCCAACUCUUCUUCUAACAGUGGAGUCAAUGGGUACAGCAACUCCAUCUUUGGCCCCCACACGACGAGCUCCUCCCUGCGUCCGUCCCCCAUGCAGACCAUCCAGGAGAACAAGCAGACCUCCUUCUCCAGCAUCAGCAUAUCUCGCUUUGGCAGUCAGACACUACAAGACCUGCUCAACUCUGACAGCCUCAGCCACAGUGAUGUCAUGAUGACCCAGUCUGACCCACUGAUGUCACAGGCCAGCACCGCUGCCGUCAUUUCCCAGAACUCUCGCCGUGGCCUCAUGCUCCGUAAUGAUCCCGUUAUGACAUUUGGGACCACCGGAGGACUUCAGGGCAGCCAAGGAGAGAUGCUGCAAAGUAACAACCACAACCAGAGCUCCCUGAGGUCUUUAAACGGAGGCCUGAACCUCGCAAACGAGGCUAACGUUCUGGCUAAUGCCAAGCAGCAGCUCCUGCUCUCGCCCUUGGGAGGAAACGGAUCCUCCUCCAUGCAGAUCGACACCUCGAUCUUCCUAAAUGGAACCAUUAGCAGCAGCGGAGGUAUCUGCCAGGACCGCUUCCCCACAGAUCUGGACCUGGACAUGUUCAACAGCAGCCUGGAGUGUGAUAUGGACUCCAUCAUCAGGAAUGAGCUGAUGGAUGCAGAUGGCCUGGACUUUAACUUUGACUCACUGGCCAACAUGAACGGAGUCAGCAACUUCACGAACACCAAGCAGACCUCUCAGAGUUGGGUACCUGGCUGAGAGGGUCAGACCAGGAAGGAUCAGAGCAGGUCUGAACUGUGUAGUUCAAGAGAGGAUCAGACACACAACAUCCUUUUUGCCAAACCUGCCAUCAGCACAACAUGAAAUACAAAACCCUGUGUUUACAGAAGAAGACUUCCUCUCGAGAGCUUUACCUUCGCUCCCACACUGGUGAACCAUGAACGACUCCGGCAGACUCUAGAGAUGCUGCACAUCAGCCCUCAAAGCCUCCUGUGAAACAACAACAACAAAAAGAAAAAACUAUGUCAAACUCUCAAAUCUUAGAAUUAUGCAAUUUUUCCUCUGACACCCAGUCUGUUGAUAUCAAAGAGACACUGCUUAUCAGAAGGGGUUUCAGGUGGAAUACAAGGACUAAAUAUCAAGCAAAGAUUGAAGGAGUGCACGGUGCAGUUGUUCCCCCUGAGGACAAAAAAAACAGUGUAAAGUGAAAAAAUCAAGAAGUGAUGUGGUGUAAAUCUGAUCCAGUGGUUUCCUGGGAUGUGUUAUGUUGAUAAAAAAAAAAAUGUUCCCUCUGUUCUCACUAAGUGAUUUUAAAUGUUCAGUGUUUGUUUUUUGGGAUUUUUUUCUGUUUUAUCAUAAUUGUUUCUGCAUCAUACAUGUCUGUAUGAAAAAGAAUCGAUGUAUUGAUGAAAAAGGUGGACAUGGAGUAUCUUACAGUACAUGCAAACACACAAACAGACAAACCAACACUUUGCCCCAUUUUUGCAAAACUUUCAGAACCCUUAGAAGUUAAGAUUUCUCAUCUUAUUACCAUGCACUUCCAGUUUUGUUGUUAUGAAUUGCUUGAAUUAAAUGAAAUACUUGAGGGUUUCAUUACAAUUAGCUGAAUAUUACAAAACAUAUUUGAUAUCUUUUGUGUAUAUCUAACUGUAAAAAAGAAAAGACAGAAAAAAGACUAAAGGAAGCAGAAUCUCUGUCAUGGAUAUUUGUACAGUGCAGGGCAGUGGAAAGUUCAAGAAGCAGGGGAAAAGAUCUCGUCCGUCUUUUCUUAGAUUUCAUAACUGCUGGUGAGUUCCAUCGAGGUCAUUUAUCACUGCAAAUGAUGUAGCCAAAAUGAAUACCUGUGUCCUAGGGUUGUGAACAUUUCCACACCAUAACAGGUGCUAUGUAAAACAGUGUUGAAUCCUGCCCCCAAGAGCAAGCCGUGCAUUUUGUGUGUUCAUUUUGUUUCUGUUUUGACCCUGCAGAAGCCCAAAGCUGCAGCCACGUGUAGCACGGCAAGGGUUUUUUUUUUUUUUUUUUUAGGCUCAUUCCUCUAGAAGCCAUUCGUUUCUCGAGUAAAAAAAAACAAAAAACAAAAUAAAAACACAAUAAGCUAUCUCUGUAUAUUGCCAAAUUACUUGAAACAAACAGUAGGAUAUGCUGGCAGCCAAAUCACAGCACACACAUGCACACACACACACACACACACACACACACAUAUAUAUAUAUAUAUAUACACACACAUAGAUAGAGAAAAAUAAUACCAGGGAUCUGUGUUAAGCUCUGCUGUUUUCUUGUCAUGAGCUUGUCGGGCUUGUUAUGCAUAUAUAGAAUCACUCAGGGGGGAGUUUAAGUAACAUCAAGUCACAAUCUAAUGGUAUUUUAACAUUUCUUGAUAAAAAAAAAAAAACAGUAAUACUUUGUGUUUGUGAACUUGUAACCUGUGAACUUUUGGCCGUCAAGAUGAAGAGGAGGAAGGAAGAUAAACGUCAGGAUUAAGACUUUCACGUGGCGAUCUGUUGUUUUUUGGUUUUGCUGUCAUAGCUUUUUGUUUUUUUCCUUGCGUCGGACUCACGCACAUGCACACACACACACACACACACACAUCCCCUCAUGGACACGCCUGGUGCUCCUGCAGGUGACUUCCUGUAUCUCCUGAGUACAUGUUAAUGUGUGUGUUUAUCUGUGGAGUUUAUUUCUGUUGGGGACGUGUAAAAUCCCUCACUAUCCCUCAUGGUGCAUACAGCACGGCCGACUGUAUGCAUGUAUGUAUUUAUGCAUUAUGAAUUGUGUGAAAUGCAUAUAUACUCGCUGUAUGUCCGUAUAUACUCAUGUAGUACUUGACCCUUGGGUUUUGUGAUACCUCUGAAGGUAAAGGUGAAGAAAUGACGAACAACGUUACAGGAAGGAGGGAACACUGUUACCAGCGAUUUUAAUUGUGGAACCAGAUUUUUGGCUGGUUGUUGUAGCAUCCGGAGACCCUGGUAUCCCCUCUCUGUGUAUGGAAGCGUAUGUCCCCGCUAUGUAUAAUAGUGUACAGAUGUGUGUUUAUCACUUUAUGGCCAAGGCAGAGGAGUGUGUGUGCAUGGUUGGAUAGAAUGAUCUACUGUGCUAGCCGAGGUUUAGUGCAUGACCUAGCUGUAACCCCCCUCAACCCUUCCAAUGGUGCCGUCCUGCGACAGAAAUUGUAAUCCAGAGAGGGAACCCUGUGUCUUUAGCACUCAAACACACUCUUUCUACUAUAAAAUCAGGGCUUACAGUGCUGCAGGCGCACCAUCCUCCCCCGUAUUAACGGGUUUGUUGUUAUUACGAGUGUGUGACGCAGACACAGGGAGAGCCUCCUUAAUGGACGUUCCUCAGCUUCACACUUGUUUUAUUCCACGUGGAGUACAGUAGGUUCACGUCCCGGUGCUCUCAGUGAGCAUUUGGUUUUAACGUCAUCCGACAACAAGCUGGAAUUUCCUAUACAAUUUCCAGAAUAUUAUCGCAUGUCUUUUAGCCGGGGGUAGGGGGGGGGAAUCCUGAGCCAUCACCUGAAUGCCUAAGCAUUUAAAUUCAUCUCCACUGACUGCACUGAAUACUAGGAGCGCUUUACUUCUCCGGUGACGAAGACUGACAAGGUGAAAGAGGGGUUACUGAUCCUUGAUAAACCGCAAAAUCUCAAUCGCAUGAAGAUGUUUCCUCACAUUUUGUGCAUUCAGUGUAAAAUGUUUUGGCUAUUCAGGGAGAAAGUUUACACUUAGUCAUAGUGGAGCAGGCCUUCCACACAACCACUCAGUGCUACUGCUUCAUUCAGGCACGGAUCAUCUCUACACACACACACACACACAAACACUCACACCUGCAGCACAACACGUGCAAAUUUAAAGCUAAGAGAAGCAAAAAAGAAUAGAAGAGACAUACCACUAGAUACCUUAAUCACCUCUUGGAUGUUUCCUUUUCGUUAUCUUCUCUCGGACCCUUUUCAUCCUUGUUUAGAGGCCCAGGCCAGCCCCCCUCCAUACGCCCUCUGAGCUUCGCCCUUUGAACUUUGCCCUUUAUUAACCUUGCUUCUUCUCGACUUGAUGUUAGUGGGUAUUUUUCCUGUGUAUUCCAUUUUGAAUUGUAAUCUAGUUUGUAUAAGAAAUGGUGCGCAUGUAAAUAAAGCUUGGUGAGGCUCCACACCCUU